AUGGCCGGCCGAACUCAUGUCCACACCGUGAAAGAAGCCAAGGAGAUGGUCGAUCUAUUUAAAAGCUUCAGCCAUCUCGAUAUCGAUACGGCUCGCAUCUACGGUGACGGAUCUUCCGAAACAUUCUUAGGCAACUUGAAACCGGCCGACGUGAACCUUGACAUGAAGCUGUUUCCUUUCAGCAGCUAA